ACAUCCAUCCCCAAAAGAUGUCCUGCUACGAUUUGUGCUCCAUCAACACCAGUGGCAUCAGCUGCCCCCAGCCCAUCGCUGACAGCUGCAACGAGCCCUGUGUCCGGCAGUGCCCUGACUCCACGACCGUGAUCCAGCCACCUCCUGUUGUUGUCACCAUCCCUGGACCCAUCCUCAGCUCCUUCCCCCAGCAAGCUGUGGUGGGAUCCUCUGGAGCACCCAUUCUUGGGGGCUUUGGGGGCUCCUCCCUGGGCACUGGGGGCCUGUAUGGCUAUGGAGGCUCCUCCCUGAGCUAUGGGGGUCUGUAUGGCCUUGGGAGCUAUGGGGGCUAUGGAAGCUCCUCCCUGGGCUAUGGGGGUCUGUAUGGGGGUUCCUCCCUGGGUUACGGGGGCCUUUAUGGCUAUGGUAGAUCCUAUGGUUUUGGCUACUGCAGCCCUUACUCCUACCGAUAUAGCAGAUAUGGUCGUGGCAGCUGCAGGCCCUGCUAAACACAACAGAAAAAUCCACUGAAUGAAGUACCAGUGGAAAAAGAAAUGCAGAUUUACCAGCAAGUAGAUGAGUGACAGCUUUGUGAAAGCAUUCACUAAUCCUGCUCAGGACUCUGCCAUUUGUAUGCUCCACACCUCUACAUUUUCCCUUUGAAUUCUUCUCUGGUACCUUUGUGGGUUCAAUUAUUUAUUUCUAUUUUAUCAUACUUGUUUCUGAGUGCAGUGAGACAUGUAACAUAGUUCCUUUCCAAAUGCAUCUGUCUCCUGCAUAUAUAUACUUGAUACGGUGAUACUUGUUUAUUUUUUCCAUUCUCAUUAAA